AUGGCGGUUCUGAACGACGACGACUACCUGGACGUGGAGACCAUCAUCGCGGGGCGGGAUAAGGCGACGGAGAGCGCGGCGAAGAAGUACCGGGAGAGAGCCGCCGCCGCCGCCGCCGCCGCCGCAAACGCCGCGGAGCGCGCGUACAAAGACGCGACGCGCGCCGAGAAAGAGAGAGAGCCUCUGGUCAGGGUCGUCCCGGGACCGCCGAUCGGGGACCUCGCCGGGGACGGUCCCGCGGCGAUGGCGGGGAUGGCGCGAUCGUCGUCGUCGGCGACGGCGACGGCGAAUGCGACGACGGCGGAACGCAUCGAGACUCCUCCGGGGAGGUUCCCUCCCACGUUUUUGAUCGCGGGCUGCGCGGACGUCACCGUGCCGUGGUUCGAGUCCGCGGAGUUCCACUGGGCGUUGCACGACGCGGACGUCCCGUCCAGAGUGCUGCUGUAUUUAAAGGAGAAUCACGUAGGGUUCGUUCUGGACUGGCGCCCCAAGCCGGGAGCGUCGAUCCGGGAUGAAAAAGCCGACCGCGACGGCGACGCCGCUGCCGCGGGCGCCUCCGCGUCCGCGUCCGCGCCGGCCGCGGGCGAGACCGCCCCGGUCGCGCUGUCCGCGGUGGGGAUGGGCGAACGCGCGAGCGGCGGCGCGAGCGGCGGCGGGAACGGCGUCGCGGGCGGGGGGAUUGACGAUUUGGGCGACCACCACAGAGACAUCCUGCGCCUCGUGAAAGGGUGA